CUAUGGAUGAAACCAUGGUUAGGCUAUUUUCUGUUCUUAAGUGUGGGGGUGUGAUUAACAUUUUCCUUGGCUGUUUGGUUCCACUUUGGGUUGUUCUUUUGCAGGACCAUGUCGACACCCAACCUCCGGCACCAGUUUGUUCAGGAUUUGAGAAGAGGGCCCCACCAGGAUCGUUUUCAGAACGUCCUGGCCUGCAAGUUUGGGCAGCAUCAUUACUGGUCGAAGCGCGAAUUGGAGAAGCUCAACUGCUACGAGCACCUCUCCCCCGUUGUCACCAACAAAUACUGGCGCCGCCUGCUCAACAUUCGCGCGACGGUUUACCAUGAGCUCGUGCUUGAGUUCUACACCACCUUCAAGCACGCAGCCACGGCCGAUUGGAAGGACGAAGCUGCAGUCCAGUUCCGACUCGGCGGUGAACCACGCUCUAUGAGUUACGACGAGCUGGCGGACGCCCUCGGCCUCAACAUGGUCAACGAUAGGGACUACAUCACAGAGAUCGCCGAGCCUGACAGGGUGGACUUCGGGAGGCUGUACUUCAGCCUCGCUCGGCCUCGUCAGCUUCCCUUCAAGGCGGGGAAGACGAAGGCCAGCACAUUGCAGCUUGAAAACCGUCUCCUCCAUCACAUGCUGGCCAAGUCUUACACCCCAGCCUCAGACAGUGCCAGCGCCAUCACCAAGAGAUCCCUGUACUUCAUCCAGUCCAUGCGCCAGAGGGAUCAUCCCCUACACUUGGGCUCGGUGGUGGCGAGGACCUUCGAGAAGAGUGCUUCUGAGCUGAAGAAACUCCACUGCACUCCCCUCAUCACCUGCCUGGCAGAGUACUUCCAGAUAUCCCUGCAGGGGUGCACAGAGCAGGGAGGGACCACUCCCUUUGGCCGGGCUACUCUCACCAAAAUGCUCCUACUUCGAGAAGAGCGAGAUGUCAUGUGGAUCGAGGGGUUUCCUCCACCUCAGAUUCCAGAGGCGGCCCAGCAGAAGGUUUCAGAGGGUGCAACUGAUGCGGAGGUCCAGCCCGAGGACGUGGAUGACACUGCUGCCGCCCGCCCCACCACCUUCGAGUACGGGGGUGGCAGUUCCAGUUUCCCGGGGCAGGAUUACUUUGCCUCCCAGUUCGAGCAGCUGCGUCUCCAGAACCAGCAGAUCAUCGACCAUCAGAUGCAGUUCCAGCAGCAGUACGCGGCUCACCAGGCCGAGUACCACCAGAGGAUGGCUGGUUACGAUGAGAGAUUGGACCAGCUCCAGACCCAGCAGGGAGUGACUCUCGCACACAUCGAGCGAGAGAGGCGCCGUUCACGGCGCAUGUAGGAGGUCCAGCAGCAUUUACUCCAGCUGCUACCGGGCGAGCAGCUAGUUUGGAGGACUCCCUGGGAGGACUCUCCACUUCCACCUCCCCCAGCGGAUGGUGAUGAUGGUGCUGAUGGUGGUGACGCCUUCAUGAACGACAUCGUCUUCGAUCUGGAUAACCUCGACGACGAGUAGGCUGUACUCGUUGCCCAUCUCAGUGUGUUUUGUUUUUCGUUUUAGACUUUUGUGUGUUUGCUCUAUUUGUGAGGAGCUUGAACUUAGUGUCGUUUGUUUUUGUUUUUGUUUUUUUUCUUUUGUGGAUUGUUUUUGCUAUAGCCGUCUGGGCUAGCACUUAUCCCUAACACAGUGUGCUAGUGUGUUCUUGAUGUUCGAUUCGUGCAGAACUGUCCAUCUUCCCGUUUGUAGGGGUUCAGUUUUUCAACUGUUUGCUUACCAACUGUGACUUGGAUUGAUUACUUGUUCUUGACAAUCUCUUAUGCAUCUAGUUCAGGGUAUCAGAAUGUGAGAUAGAGCAUAUAGGUAGCCAUGUGAGAUUUGAGCCUGCUCGUUUUUUUUCUUGUGCGAUAGAUCCCUCUUCCAUGAUGUGUAGUAUUCACGUUGUCACUAGCUAAGAUGAUGGGGGCAUAGGAUUAGCCCACGACAAAAUUUGACUGUCCUGAUAUGUCAUAUCCCCUAGUCAGCUCUUUUGAGCCGUGUGUUAUCCUUUCUUUUGGUCUGAAAUGAAAAAAAUCACCCUGUUUGCAUCUUUUAGAAGGUUCCACAGAGUGGGUUUUACAUAUUCUCUGCUGUUUCUGCUAAAUUUGAUGUGAGUGUUGGAGGUAGUGCUUAAAAGUUGAGCUGGGCAGGUAUUUGAAAUAUAUGCAGAAGUGGUGGCUCUCUUAAGAAAUGAAAAGAAAAUGAAAGAAAAACAAAGAAAAAUUGAAAGCAAAGAGAGCCACUACCAAAAAUCUGAAUAAUGCCCGGUAAGUAGUGUUUCUUAGCAGUCUGGCUUGGAAAUGCUGACAUUUUUACCUCCUUCGCUCUUGUGCUCUUGAGCUAUUGAGUAAUGCAGAAUAGCAGAAAGGAAAUAUCGGUUUGUUUGACUGUGAUUGCUUGGGUUUGGAAAUGUGGAACCUUGUGCUAUGAAUGCUUCCACCACCUAAAAGGCCUUUUCCCCAUGUCCAAGACCCUAGCCAGUCAUUUGAACCUGUGUCUAAGACCUCCUGAUUAGUUAGUGGUGACACCCCAUAUGUGAACUCGAGCAUUUAGAGGCUGCCAUCAUGGUGAAGAGAUGUUAGGAAUUGAGAGAAAUAGCAUGCGCAUUUUUCGCAUCAAAUUGUCCUGACCCCACUGGUCGAGAGUGAGUGAUUCAUUUUCAUAUUCUAUAUACUCUUGUACCCCGGUGAGGACCUAGACUGCUCGGUCUCUAUUCUGAUGUCUUGAGUUGGAUGCAUGAGUUGGCUGUUUUGAGUAAGUGGUUGAGUCAAGUCUAGGUUGGUUGGUGAACAGAAGGGAGACUCUUCCUUUACUCGAUUUUGCUGCACUCGAAUGUCCUUGGUGGUGGUUGUCCAGGUUGCUAUUGAAGUUGUUCAUGUAUUGAUGUUUGAAAACUAGUACGAUUCACGUGUUCUGUGCCUUUAUGACUUGUCCCCAAUGUUGGUUGAUUGAAAUAUGUGAGCUUACCUUGUGUCUGACUUGGUUUGCUUGGGGACAAGCAAACGGUUAAGUGUGGGGGAGUUUGAUAGACCGUUAAUUACACAUGAUUUUACCCCUGUUCUCACACCGUUUGAGAUGUGAUUUCUCGUGUUUUAAGCCGAUUUCACGCUAGGUUGUGCUUGUUUGUGAUAUUUCAGGUCCUAGUACGUGAAUGGAGGCUUGGGAGCGAGUUUGGGGUCGAUUGGACAAAGAUCGGGCGCGAGGCAAGUCACAAAGGAGGCCACACGGGCACACCCACAAAUCACACGGCCGUGCAACUCAUAUUUCUGGCCGUGUGAGAUUGUGCGAGAGCAAACACGGCCUGCCCUGACAACACACACGGCCGUGUGAAGAAGUGGCUUGGCCGUGUGACUUUCGCCGAGAGCAAACACGGGCAGAUGGAAGUCACACACGGCCGUGCGAACCUGGCCGUGUGAGAAGCCUGAAAAUCGAACUAAGUGGAACGCAACGUUUUGACUCACACGGGCAACUGGUUAUGCCACACGGCCAUGUGGCCCUGCCCGUGUGAGUCAGGAUUUCCUGGUUUUAACCCAAUUCCGGGCUGCAAGAGAGAGAAUCGGACUUUUUGAGCAAAAACAGAGCCCUGGAGAGAGAAAGGACGAAGAACACAUCCUAGAAGCCAUCUUGGAGCUGGGUUUCAUCAAAUCAAGCUUGGAGAUCGUCAUAGGAGUGGAAAUCAUCAUCCCAGAGCAGAUUCUUCCCAUCAGUAUGAGUAUGACUGCUUUGUAUCUUGUUUUCCUCUCUCUCUCUAUGGAGUAGAACCCCUCUCUCACUUGGGGAUGAAGAACCCUAGUUCUAUGUGUUAGGGAUUGAUUGUAAUGACUUGGGAUGAUAUUACUGUUUGAUUUUAAUCGAAUGAUGCAUGUUUAUUGAGUCAAUUGAAGUCUGAUCAACUUUUCCUGAUUCCUGCUGCAAUCUGAGAUAGAUAGAAUAUGAUUAGGUUGCUAGAGUCUCAUCAUUCGAUUGUAGGAGAUUGGCUAUACGAGAGUUAGCCAGUUUACUGCUUUGUACUGGAAUCCAAUUCCAGUAGUGGAGUUCUGUUCUUACUGCUUCAGCUUUCUAUCCCAGUGAAGACUAGUCGUCUGCCGGGUAGUUAGACUGAGAGGGCUUGGUCAGCUUAAGAGAUUCCAAGCUACUGUCGGAUCUUCCGCAGUCUAAUCAACAGUAAAUCAACCCAGGGAAAUACAAUUGAAACCUAACUAAGGAGCUAGGGGGAUUCAUUCCCGAGUGACUCUUACCUGCUUGAGAAAACCGAAUAAUUUCCUGCUUUCUUUCUGCUUUUGCUUUUAAACAACAAUCACAUACUUUAGUUGGCUAGAUAAUAGAGAAUCACUGAGUAAGCAGUAGACCUAGACCCCGGGUUGAUAAUAUAACUUGCCUGUUACUGCAUUCCCGGUCUGCGAUUACCCUUGGUCGCAGAUUGGUGUUGUGUUUUACCGUGUCAAGAUGGGCGUUGGUGUGGUCAAACCGCUUCAAACUAUACUGAACCAUUUUUGCGGUCGAGUCAAAGUGUCAAACCGCAUCAUUAUACCUGCGGUCUAAUAUGCGUUCUGAAUUUUUAGUAGCUCGCGGUUCGCAAUUGUAUCCGAAACCAAGCGGUUGCAGUCCAAAAUCGCAAAUAAUUUUUAUUCGGCCUC